UAGUUGCUCUGUGGCAUGUGGGGUCUUCCCCAAUCAGGGCUUGAACCCAUAUCCCCUGCAUUGACAGGCAGAUUCUUAACCACUGCACCACCAGGGAGGUCCCUCUGUGUGCUUUUUUAGUGGUUGUUUUAGGUAUUACACUGUACAUACAUAAUGUAUUGCCAUCAUUGGUGUCACAUUUUAUAGAUUUCAGUGAAGUACAGACACCUCCCUUUAUAUCCCUUUACCCUCCCUGCUGCAUUUAUACCAGGGUUUACUGCUUCAUGAGGCUGCUUAUUCCAUUUUUGGACAGGCUGAUGCAGUGGGAAUCUAGGAGGAAAAAAAUAGAGAGAGAGAAGAGAUUGCAGUGAAAAAUGUAAGGCAAAUCUGAUAGGAAUGCAUUUAUUCAUUUGUUUGUCAAAUGUUUAUUUAGCACUUAAAAUGGCCAAUCAGGGACUUCUCUGGUGGCACAGUGGUUAAGAAUCCCCCUGCCAAGGCAGGGGACUCGGGUUCAAGCCCUGGUCCGAGAAGAUCCCACAUGCUGCGGAGCAACUAAGCCCGUGAACCACAACUACUGAGCCCACGUGCCACAACUACUGAAGCCCGUGCGCCUAGAGCCUGUGCUCCGCAACUAGAGAAGCCACUUCAAUGAGAAGCCCGCGCACCGCAAUGAAGAGUAGCCCCGGCUCACGGCAACUAGAGAAAGCCUGCGUGCAGCAAUGAAGACCCAACACAGGCAAAAAUAAAUAAAUAAGAGGGAAUCUGGAAAACUUGUAAGCAAAACAUCAUUUCUCUUAGAAAAUUUUGGAUAACAGAAAUUCUGGAUAACAGGGUGAACCAGUUCAGUCACCAUGAGUUGGAGCUUCCUCACUCGCCUGCUAGAGGAGAUCCACAACCACUCCACGUUCGUGGGGAAGAUCUGGCUCACUGUAUUGAUCGUCUUCCGGAUUGUCCUUACAGCUGUAGGAGGAGAGUCCAUCUAUUACGACGAGCAAAGCAAAUUUGUGUGCAACACAGAGCAGCCAGGCUGCGAGAACGUCUGCUAUGAUGCCUUUGCACCCCUCUCCCACGUGCGCUUCUGGGUGUUCCAGAUCAUCCUGGUGGCCACCCCCUCAGUGAUGUACCUGGGCUACGCCAUUCAUAAGAUUGCCAAAAUGGAGCACGGUGAAGCAGACAAGAAGGCCGCUCGGAGCAAACCCUAUGCAAUGCGUUGGAAACAGCACCGGGCCCUGGAAGAAACAGAAGAGGACCAUGAGGAGGAUCCCAUGAUGUAUCCAGAAAUGGAAUUAGAAAGUGAAAAAGAAAAUAAAGAUCAGAACCAAUCUAAACCUAAGCAUGACGGCCGACACCGGAUUCAGGAGGACGGGCUCAUGAAAAUCUACGUGCUGCAGCUGCUGGCAAGGACCGUGUUUGAGGUGGGCUUUCUGAUAGGGCAGUACUUCCUGUAUGGCUUCCAAGUCCACCCAUUUUAUGUGUGCAGCAGACUUCCUUGCCCUCAUAAGAUAGACUGCUUUAUUUCCAGACCCACUGAAAAGACCAUCUUUCUUCUGAUAAUGUAUGGUGUCACAGGCCUUUGCCUGUUGCUUAACAUUUGGGAGAUGCUUCAUUUAGGAUUUGGGACAAUUCGAGACUCACUAAACAGUAAAAGGAGGGAACUGGAAGAUCCGGGUGCUUAUAAUUAUCCUUUCACUUGGAACACACCAUCUGCUCCCCCUGGCUAUAACAUUGCCGUCAAACCAGAUCAAAUCCAGUACACCGAACUGUCCAACGCUAAGAUUGCCUACAAGCAAAACAAGGCCAACAUCGCCCAGGAACAACAGUACGGCAGCCAUGAGGACAACCUCCCAGCUGACCUGGAGACUCUGCAGAGGGAAAUCAAAAUGGCUCAGGAACGCCUGGAUCUGGCAAUCCAGGCCUACAGUCACCAAAACAACCCCCAUGGUCCCCGGGACAAAAAAGCCAAAGUGGGGUCCAAGGCUGGGUCCAACAAAAGCAGUGCUAGUAGCAAAUCGGGGGAUGGGAAGACCUCCGUCUGGAUUUAACCUUGGCUGGGCUUAAAACUUGUGCUUUUCAUAGUUCACGGUAAGCAGCGGCUCACGGAAUAACGACUUCCACUGAGUAAACAUUCAGCUCUGGUUAUUUUCAGGGAUGCUGUUGGCUCAUGAUCCAAGCUCAGGGGACUCUGAAGUGGGGGCUGGGACAGGGGGAAAGAACGGGAAACACAGUGUUCCUGGACACAUGUUCCAGCAAUAAUACAGUUGCAGAACUUUACAUUUGCGUCUUCCAGAUCUGGAAAAGAACAGAUAUAUUUAAAUCAUUCUUGUUGAACAGUUUUUGUAUGUACAGUAUUAUGGUACUUUUUUUUUUUUUUAGUAUGAGAACUUUUCUUUGUAUUUGUAUAUUGGACCACUGUAGUUAUACUUUUAUAUUAAAGGGGAAAUAAUUCUUAAGGUAAUGCCUAUUAGGCUAGUGUUAUUACUUUGUUCAGCAAAUUCUACCCUGGAUUUAAAGUUUUAAUAGAUGCUACAUACCUAAUAAAAGUGCCUCUCGUGUUGCAGGGAAGAUUUCAGAUAUGUAAGGAGCCGGAGGAGGAUGAAUCAGUUCUCAGUCUUGGAAAGAAAGUCCAUAGUAGAGGGAGGUUGAGAUCUUUCUUUGACUUGAGAAAUCUUUGAAUCUCAUUCAUGUGUCCAGAUUUGUAUCUAGUCUUUGAAAACCUAUUUGUGUUUUCAAAGAAGAUAAAGUGAUUCACUGCAGAAGUCCUUUAAAUAUCAAGCCUUGCCAGUGUAUGCUUUGAUGGUGUGUAUAUAAUGUCAAUUCUUUCAAAAGGCUGGUGCACAAAGCUGUCCUCAUCCAGUAGCAGUGUGGAGACCCUGGCUAGAACUGUUCUAAGAUUCCUCUGUCACAAAACAAAGGCACUCCUGGGAAAUAAGCCCUGAUAAGAUGUUUAGUUGUGGACCUGUUUGAUUUGCCUUAAACCUGUAUCCAAACACCUGCCUCUCUGGUUUCUUAAGAAGCCAGUGCUGGAUAUUUUUUUUAUAUGGUAACAGUAAAAAUACGAAAAUUCCCUUCUAGGCUAAAAAUUAAAGCUACCUUAAACUGCAUAUGGCAGAAGGCCUAAAUUCAAAUUCCUUAUUUUUUAUAAUUCACCAUGGAACUUUUAUAAUUCACAGAUUUCUGCCAAUGUAGGUUUCUGCCUGGAAGACCAGUCAGACCUGGGAUUCUAUCUGUGAAUAGACCGAAAGAGAAUUUCAGUAUUUAUUUGCUAUAGGCAUAUCUAUUAGUUAAUGACAAGCAUUAAUGUUCACAUAACACUCGUAAUUUGCAGUAGUAUUUUACUGCCAUUUUCAACCUUCUCUAACGUUGGAGAACUUUGCUCUCCUGUCAUGUUCACAUCAUUUGUCUUACAGUUUAUGAGCUUCUAAGUAAGAGCUUUUGGUAAAGAUUUAAAGGGAGCGGUGUUUGCUUCACCAGGGAGCUUUCAUUUUGGGUAUCUCACUCUCUUCCAACAGAAAGUUAUUGCAAGCCACCUCCAACUUUGAAAUUCCAAGAGUGCUAUUUUUUUGACUUAAUUUUUAAAUGUCAGUUCUCUAUUCUUAGAACAGCGUCCUGUAUGCAGUUCCUUUUUUUCUUUGUUGCUGUCCAUUGCAUUUCUCCCCCACCUCCACCCCCCGCAAAAGACACUCAGUUGCAAAUUUAAGCUUAUCUUCUAACCAUGCAUUUACCUUUAUUUUGCUUUUUUUAGUCUGUAAAUUUUAGCCUAGAGAAGUUCUUCGGGAUCUCUAAACACUUAAGCAAAAGGUAAACUCCCUUGAGACUGAAGGGGAAAUUUCAGAAAAUGAUUUCUACAUGUAUGGAUCCUUGAUAAUUAAUAGACCUGCACAGUUUCCUUGAAACCAAGUGUUUAAUAAGGAAUUUCAAAUAAUUAUUCUAAAACAGGGAGGAUUUUAAAUACUUCAGGCCAACUAAGAUAAAGAACUAGCAAUAAUUCUUAUGUCAGUAGAACUUCAUGUAUAUUUCUUAAUUGAAGGACAGAAAAAAUACACAUACAUUCACAUCCAUAUUCAGAGCCUGAAGGAGAACAGAGUGGCUUUGCCAGUGGAAGGGUUGGGGAUCUGAGUGAGAGAGAGGGAAGGAGUCAAGCAGAAAUGCCAGGCAGACAUUCGGCGCCAGAAGCAUCCACUUAGUUUCUACAAACAGGGCCUCUGGUGUUUCAUCUGGGCUUGUUCUGAUGAGAAUGUUAUCUUUUGUGUCUGGAUAAUUCUUCAACUUCCUCAAGUACAUAGAAAGAUAUUCUGGGUCACUUCACAUGUGUUAAGGUCUAUUUUUAUUCUCUCACUAAAGUUCUAAUUAUGACAUAGAUUUCCCAACUCUCACUGCUUUCUUAGUCCAUUUCUUUCAGCCUUUGAACAUAUGAGUUUGCCAAGGCCAUUCUCCCCUAACAACAUGUCGUGGACUUACAUUAAGAAAACGGCCCUAUCAGUGUCUAGCUUGUUAACCCAUUAAUUGGGUCUACAUUGAGUCUAUAAAAUAUCGUUCCAGUUACUGUUCUGGAACUUGCAGGUAUUUGUAUAAAACACCUGUCAGCAGGGUUUUUUUUCCCUAUCAAAAUCAUUCCUUUGAAUUGCUGUAUAAGACAUGCUCUGUAGGGCUUCCCUGGUGGCGCAGCGGUUGAGAGUCCACCUGCCGAUGCAGGGGACGCGGGUUCAUGACCCGGUCCGGGGAGAUCCCACAUGCCGCGGAGCGGCUGGGCCCGUGAGCCAUGGCCGCUGAGCCUGCGCGUCCGGAGCCUGUGCUCCGCAACGGGAGAGGCCACAACAGUGAGAGGCCCGCGUACCGCAAAAAAAGACAUGCUCUGUCGUAUGACAUUUGCUUCUCUAAAUAGAAGUUGAGUGCUUAGUCCUUCACAGACUACAGUCAGGAUAUGGUCAACAUGUUAUAUUCCUUAAAAUACAGUUGGAUUUAUUCAGAUGUGGUGUGUCCUUUGUUCAUCUUUGUUACAAUUAUUCAGAAGAGAUCAGUAAAACAAAUGGGCUUUUUUUCUUAGUUCAAAUUUGAGGGAAGAAUUAUAUAACAUUUUCCCCUAAAGAAAUGUUACUGUUCAUUUUGUGGCUUCCUCUUUGCUUUAUGCCUUAGUUUCGCCUGUUUCUAUAUUUGUUCAUUUAAAACCACACGCGUGUUACUUCAUUGAAGUCAGUUUGUCUGGCGAUUUUCCUUGACUGACGUCUAUAGACUUUCGAUAAAAAGGAACUUUGCCAACUAAAAUGGUUCUCACAGGUUAGGGCUCCCACAUAUCUGUCUUUUAGAAGGACACCUAUAUCUUUAAAAAGAAAAACGUCAUCAUUAGGUACCUUAACUGUCAUUUCUUCAUGGUAUGAGACUAGGCAGUUCACUUUACUUUUCCAAGUUCCAGGAGCCACUUACCUCUCAGAAGUGUUAUGAAGUAGUUAGAAAAAGCGUCUGGUAAAAAGUAUUAAAAAACCAACUAUUAUUGUCAUUUGUCUGACCUUGGAGCUUCAAAAAAAAAAAUAGGUGAAAGAACUAUGUGAUGUAGUAAGAAGUCCUUCAGUGCUCUUUAUCACAGGAAUCAGUGAUUGUUUAAAACACUUAACUUGCUCUAAGCAGUUUAUACCAAGAAUGGACUUAAAUGUUAUUCCUAUUAGUCAUACCUAUGCUUUACCCGUUAUGCUUAUAAACGUCUAGGCUUUACGUUUUCUGUCUCAUUUAAGAGACAGUACACUGCUAAAAAUAAUACCUAUAGUUUAGGAUAAAUUUUUGGCCAGCCAGUUUUUUUAUAAAAGGCAAGUAUGUUAUACUUGAACCUACUUCACAAAUGCCUUUUUAUACAGGAAAGGUCUUUCCCAACUGUGAAGAAAAGUACCUGAAGUCAGAGAUAUGCAGCUGCUGGUCAUUUUGAUUGGAAGGUUCCAGUUGUUAGAUUAAUUUUAUCUUUAUAAAAUCAUGUAAUUUCACGAAGAGUCUUACCACCUGAAAGUAAAGCCCCUGCACCUAUACAGUGCAGAGUUUGGAAAUAAAAUUUCAGCUCGCCUAUAUAUCGUGAAUCUGUAGUCAUCCACAGUCACCAUCAAAGAGUAGAGCCACUAGGUUGACUUGCACGCAUUCUGGCCACAUGUCCUGGAGACUUUAAAAGAUUUUAUUUGUUGUCCCUAAUGUGCAGUUGUGUUGUUUUUGUUGUUUUUAAUAAUGAUGGUAAGUGAGUUUGGUUCAUGCACGUUCCAUGUUAAUAAUCAUACUUUUGAAAGAAGCAAUCCAUGGAUUCCAAAAUUCAGGAUUCCAAACAAAAGAAAGCCCUGCUCCCGUGCAAAAUCUCUACAGAAAUAAAAGAAGUAAGAGUUCUGCACUUCAGGGUUGGCUUGCUGAACCAGCAAAGACAUUUGGCUGUAUGAGUCCAAGGUUGGAAGUGGUUUUCUUUUCUGUACUCUCUAUUGUGUUCUCUUCAAUAAAUCUCUUACAGAAGUCUCUACCUCAGGCACUAAGUGUUAGAUAUGAUUAGCAUAUUGAUACCAAAAAUCUUAGCUAGGACUUCCAACUUUUUAAGAUAAUUUAAAUGUAAAAUUCAACUGUUAACCAGCAAUUUAAUGUCAUGUGAUGUGCAGUUUGGAUAUUGUAUGAACAGCUAAGGAGUUACCCAUUCUAGUGCCAAAGAUCACUCGUUGCUAAUUUUGUUCUGUACAGUUGAUGUAAAAUUUUAUGGUGGGGACAGACUCUGCUGAGGGCCUUGUCUCUAGGAAGAUUUUUUGUCAGUUCCAGAUGUUUUUGUC